AUGUCAGAGAUCUAUGCACUGGUUCCCAGACCGACAAGCCCGGACACGGACGGGGUCGCUCAUGACGGCUGGUUCUACUCCGACCACAUCGUCUUCUUGGUCGAGAACCGUCUGUUCAAGGUGCCCAAGCAGAAGUUCGUUGAGAACUUGGAGAUCUUUCGCGACAUGUUCGAGCUGCCCCCAGGCACCGCGCCCGCGGAGGGUCAGGCAGACGAUACGCCCGUGGCGCUGGAGGGCGUGAAGAAGGACGAGUUCCGCGCGUUGCUCCGCGCGAUGGUCCAUGCCCCGAGCACAGAGGAGAGAGUUGAUCUGACAAUGGAGGAGUGGGUCCUCAUUCUCAAGCUCACUACCAUGUGGCAGUUUCACGGCCUGCGCUACGUUGCAAUAUCCACGCUCAGGUCGCACCUUGGGAAUGGGGACCCGGUACGCUGGCUCUGCCUCGCACGUCUAUACGACGUCAAGGAGUGGAUGCUCCCCUCCCUAGAGGCUCUUGCAAGACGGCCAAAAGCAAUGCAGCUGGAGGAUGUGGAAUCGCUCGGAGUGGAGACAGCAAUCAAGAUGGCAGAAGUACGGGAGAGCUAUCGUGCGUGCUCCGGCGCCGGUGGAUACAACCAAUACAACAACCACAUCCUCUGCGCCCGGGACAAAUAUAACUUUUCCGCGGAGAUCAAGCGGCUCUUCAGCGAAGAGCUCUAG